CUUGCGCCAAAGUUGCACAUGGGUCGAGUCGCAGGCUAGGCCUGAAUGCCGAGUUAGUAAGGACGACUCCAGUAUUUGAGACAAAAUGGCAGCCUCCAGUGUGAAAUGCCUAGUCCAAGGGCUCAUCAAAGGCCAUCGGAUCAUGCUUUUUUCCAAGAGCUACUGCCCGUUCUGCCUGAUGGCUAAAUCUGUUCUACAAGAUGUUGGUGCUAAUCCGGUUAAGGUUCUAGAGAUUGAAGAAAGGUCUGAUGAACAAGAAAUCCAGGAUGUUCUGUUGGAUCUGACAGGAGUAAGAACAGUUCCUAGUGUGUUUAUAGACCAGGACUACCUUGGAGGAGGCUCAGAUCUGCAGAGGAUGAUGGAAGAAGGGCACUUACAAAAACUCCUCAGAGAAAAGGGACUUCUGAAUGCCGGAAAUGAAAGCUCAGCAGACAGAUAACAAAGAUGAGGAGUUGCAUGCUUUGACUUCACAGUGAAUCCAUGAAGGCAGGGGGAAGGGGGGGGAGGAUUCAAGAGGUAUUGCCCCUUGUGUUUUCCAACAAUCAUUUCCAACAAUCAUUUCCAAAAAUGAGUUUACCCUCAAAACUGUUUGAAGUGAGUUUUAGCGACAGUUGAAACAGACCACCCCCACCCCCUUCCUGAAAUCCUGUAUUCACCACAGUAUUUUUGACUGCAUUAGCACUAAAAUUUCAAUGCAGGGUUCUAAAACAUGAUUUAGUAUGUAAAUGUUUCUGACUUCCUUGUCAGUUUAUCAUUUACAAUAUAUAUAUAAUAAUAUUAAUCAAUCGUUCAUCAUUCAUAUCACCUUCUACAAACUGCUUUUGAUAUAAUCACCUCAGCUUUAGCCGUUAUCAACCCACAUUUCAUUUGAAGGAAAGGGGCAUUAUUCUGCCUGGCACCCAUUUAACACAUUGGUGGAGAGAGACAACUGUUAAGUGUCUUUUCUAAGGACAUACAUGUAUGCAUUAUACAGAGAUUUGAACCCUCAACCCUCUGAGGAAGAGUCAAGUGAAUGAACCAGUAUUUUUUGAUUCUCACACAAUUGAUAGAAUUUAUAAUAAUGAUUGGUGAGGUAUAAGCGCAACUACUUGAAAAUGUUAUGUAAAAUUCCUUCUUAAAGGUACUAUGUCCCAUUUGCAGGCCAAAAAAAAGGAAAAGGCUAAAUUCCAACAUCAUUUGAAAGAUAUGCGAAUUUAGAACUUACUUAAAAAAGAUGGGGCUUGAAAAUGUCUUCAAGUGUGAAAAUAAUGACUAUUUGUUGUCAAAUCGACCUAGGAGCUAU